AUUGAGGCGCUCUUCUGGGUCGUCUUUAGUCUGUGUGCUAAGAUCACGAGAGGCAGAACAUUGCGAUGCUUCGCGCCAUGGCAUCGACGCGUGGUUCGCAGCGAAGAUUUUAGAGUCGCUGAAGGAAUUUUUCGCCAGUGCGAUUAUAAGUUGGACAAAUUCAGUUAAUUCUCCCCCGCCCAAAUCCCAGCGAUAUAUAUAUAUAUUGUGCUUUUGUGAAAGGUAUUCAAAAUUACACUUAAUUGGGCAAAAUGCAAUGUUAAAACAUGUGUCGUGACAGUAUCAAAAUAAUUGAGUUGUGAUGGAGUGUUGCGGGUGGAAAUAUGUAUGGAGUGACAUUUCUGGGCAUGUCAUCUUCUGCAAUCCAUGGAGCAGCGAGGAAAGCCACUGGUGAAAGCAAUCAGCUCCUUGGCUUGGACGGAAGUCGUCGGCGUCAUCACAUGAGAUGCUGCCGGUGAAUUGAUUCUGCACGCGGUGUUAUCGGACAGCGCACGGAGUAAUUGUCGAGAGAGAGAGUAAAUAAAUAAGAGUGGCGGAGAAAGACGAGAAAGAACUCAAGUAUAAAUAGAUGGAGCGCAAGAGAUCGGUGAGACGGCGCCAGAGCCAAAAGUUGCCUUUUGCAGAGCGCGCAAAGGAGCAUUGCCGGAAGUUUACAGCAUUUAUGUUCAGCAAUGUCGGAAUCAUUUUGCUAGUUGUGCUCUACACAAUCGCUGGUGCCUUCAUGUUCAUUGCCAUUGAGGGCGAUGGUGAUUUGGAGAGAUCAGCCGAAUUAGCGAGGAACCGAGUGUCCGUGGCGGCGAAGCUGUGGAAUAUCUCGUGCUGCGAAGCGAACAUUUUCAAUAAGUCAGCAUUUAUAGAGUUAGUUGGUCAGCAGAUUCUCAACCACCAGCAGAACAUCGUGAGGGCGGCCAAGGGUGGAAUGGCGGAGACGACAAAAACCAAGACGAACAAUAAAUGGACAUUCUCCGGGGCAUUUCUCUACUCCUUGACCGUAAUUACGACAAUUGGAUAUGGAAAUUUAAUACCACGCACAAAGUGGGGAAAGAUUUGCACAAUUGUGUAUGCAAUAAUUGGCAUGCCGCUCUUCCUGCUCUACCUGUCCAACAUCGGAGACAUUCUCGCCAAGUCAUUCAAGUGGAUUUACGCCAAGGUGUGUCUGUGCAGAAUUUGUCCGGGUGUGACACGGCGGCGGGCGGCGCGGCAGCGGCGGAAGGCCAGAGCUUUGACUGCUGAACGAGAUAAUCUGCCAGAGGGUUACUUCAUCGAAGGCGGAGAUCUUGAGACGCUCUCCAACUCCUCCGUCGACGCGAACGAGUCGAGCGAGGAGGAGGAAAAUGCUGGUGAUACUGAAACCGUGAUAGUGCCAUUAACAAUUUGUGUCAUCAUCAUGAUUGGAUAUAUCCUUUUUGGAGCCACUCUCUUCGGCCACUGGGAGGACUGGGACCCGCUGGAAGGGAGCUACUUCUGCUUUAUAUCGCUCAGCAGCAUCGGCUUCGGCGAUAUGGUGCCGGGAUUCAAGAUCACUGGCUUCGAAGGAACCGGCGUGGAGUUGAGCUUCAUUCUCUGUGCCAUUUAUUUGCUGCUGGGCAUGGCACUAAUUGCGAUGUGUUUUAAUUUAAUGCAGGAGCAGGUGAUGCACAAGAUGAGGACAUUCAGGAGGUGCAUUCGGCGGUGCUUCCACUGCGACAGGUGAUGAUUCAGGACAACAGCUCGUGACUCAUCAAUAAACAAUCCCAUGAAUGAGGCCGUGAAAGAGGUUCAUGUGUUUAUGACGUGUUUCACACACAGAAUCGUGGUGACAAUUCAGUCCCAUUAGAGCCCCUUUUCAUCGCCACCGCAAGCGCUCUUCGUGUGUGCAUUCUGCUUUUGAGGGCUCCAAGAGUGCAGAACAACCCCAUGGAGAACACAAGAGACACUGCCAAGAUUCAUUAGCUGGUCGUUUUAAAUCUUCUUUUCCACCCCCCACUUCAUCCCUCUCUGGAGCAGCACUGCGAACGGAAUGGCGGCGAUUGGGGAUGUGGGACAAGCGAGAGAUCCUCAACUGGAAGAACUUGCCGGGGAUGGAAAAUGUUUUUGGAAAUCAAUUUCAAUUAAAAUCACACCCAGAGUGUAACAUUCCAUUAAUAAAGACCAUGUGAAUUUUGUCUACUUUAUU